AUGCAGCCACUAUCCAGCCAGCCCGUCCCUCGAUUCCUGGAGGGUCUCCAGACCCGUGCUGCUGGGCUGUGGUCCGGCCCUUGCGACGCCCAUGCGGCCACUCGUCAGCCCUGCGAUUGCGCCCGUGGCUGGCGAGCAGGCCGGCGUCCCGGUCAUCAGCUGCGAGGAGUGGGGCGCGCCGAGAGUGGCAAAGGUUUAUCGGGUUUUGGAGGAUCGCAAGACAUGAGGGGUUUGGGGUUUGACGGGGGGUUUGACGAGGGAUGUGGAAAAAGCAAAAUUGUUGAUUUGGGGGUGGAUAGUUUCACCCAUGUGUUGCUGCAUCUUUUGGGGCAAGAUUCCUCAAGGAAAUGCCUGGGGGCUGCUGGCACCCGCUUGCUGCAAUGCACUCCUUUUGCUGGCAUCGCGGGGCAACGGCAGCAGCGGCAGCAGCAGCAAUCAGACCCCACCACCAUGGCGAGCAUUCUCUGUUUCGCUGCCGUUUGCCUCCCCUUUGCGGGUGCUUCGGUCGCGUCAAUCUACAGUCACACGUUGGGAAUGGUUUGA